UGCCAACUCCGUUAUAUAAGGGUAAGAGAGCACCCACCGCGGUGCAUUCUCCUACCAACAACACGAGGUCGGACAUCUUGUUGACUUGACAGCUGUCAUAUUUUCCCGCCAUGGCGCCAGUUUCCCGCGUUUCGUUAUUGCUCGUAAUAGCACUUGUCUGCUUGGACUGCUGCUAUACAGCCACCAUACCCAGAAGCUUCGACCCUCGAAUUGGAGAAGAAAUGGUGCUCACUCCAAAAAAGAGACCGUUCUGCAACGCAUUCACAGGUUGCGGCCGUAAGCGGUCCCAAACACCAGGAAUGCCUCAAGAAAUAAUUAGACAACGACAGUUUGUCGACGAUGAAGCAUUGGGUUCGUUAUUGGAUUCAGAGAACGCAAUCGAUGAACUUUCCCGCCAAAUAUUGUCCGAAGCGAAACUGUGGGAGGCGAUACAAGAGGCCAGCGCAGAAAUUGCUAGGCGGAAACAAAAGGAUUACCAGUAAAUAAUUGAAGAGUGCUGGUGUCGUGGUAUUGCUGGUUUAACGAGGGUGUUAAGGGUACAUCUUUUUCUUUACUUGUUAAUUUUCCUUUUUUUACAGUUAAAGUUGCAUUGGCUUUAAUUACUACUUUUUUCUUUAUUGCGCUUUGGCUGCAUAGCCAUUAGCCAAAGCAAAAAAAAAAAAUUAUGCAACGACAAAUAAGUAUCUGCCUCUUUUUUUAUUUAACUAAUUACUGGCAGAAAUGUUAAACUUUUUAAAAUUCGUAAAAACUGGCGCGAUAAUUAUUUAUAAACUGUGAAGAGAAAAUCACUCCAUUAGGUAUUGUUAAGUCAUCUUUAUUAUUUUUAAUA